GUCUGAACUGCUAAACUUUUCACAAAGUUAAUAUCUAAGAGUUGCAAGAUCAUGAAGUUCUUGGUUAUCAUUGUCGCUUCGGUUUGUGCCAACCUGAAUUUUUACCAAGCAGUAACCGUUUCAGGAAAUCAUGAUCAAGUAGGACGAUCUACCAUUUCCUAACUUUUCAAUUCUUAACUCAACUCAAUUCUCUUACUUUAUUAUUAUUGUUUUUUCUUUCAUUUUAUCUAUUAUAUAGUUUGUUUGCUAGCAUUUGUUUGUCCUUUUAAUUCCCAAAGCAGUUGGAAAACGACCAUACGCUCAAACAGUCAUAAAAUUUUAUUUUGUACUUAGUAUUUGUGUUGAAAAGCUUACUUCGUUAAACUUGUUACGUAAGGGACUCGCUUUACUCCAAAUACCGAUAGCUGUAGUAUAUAAAAUGGUGUUACUGGGCAAAUGUGAUAACGGAAUGACUUUCAUUCUGGAACGAGUUCAUUCCAUCUCCAUAUAUUUCUCUAUUUCUCUGUAUUUGUUUACAUGAUAGCGAAACGCCAUUUCGUUCCCAUACAAGCCACUCCGGAAAUUCUCGUUCUGGUGAGAAAUUUUAUUAUGGUAUAAUGUAAACUAAAAACUAAAAUCGUUCCGGAUUGAAAAUCGCAAAACGUGUGGCCGAUGUGGUGAAUAGCGAAUGAGUAUCUAUCGCCCCAUAUGAGGGGGUCCAAGACAGUUUUGGAUUCUGGAUUCCACGCAGUGGAUUCCGAAUACCAGUACCCCUUUCCAGUCUUUUUCAGUUAAAGUUGGAUUCUGGAUUUCAAUCGUUAGAGGGAUUCCGGAUUCUUUGAGCUGUAUUUCGGAUCCCAAAGCCCAAGAUUCCGGAUGCCAAAAGCAAAAUUUUCUGUGCUUCCAGUUCCACGGGCAAAAAUUUCACGGAUUCCGAUAUCUAAUCUGACGCGAAAACCACGCGAGCGAGAACGCCUCAGGCCGGGCCGUUCGACUUUCAUGUGAAUCCAGUGCGAACUUCAGUUGUUUAGAGAUAACACGUGGCUUCCACAAAAACUUUGUAGAGCGAGCAGUAAACAUGGUUCCGUAUAUAGGUGGGAUACUAAGUGAAAAAUAGACUCUUGUAAACUUAAAACAAAUAGCCAUACUAUUGAGAAAAUUAUAACAAAAUUAUUGUUCUUUGUUUUACAGAAUUCAAACAAGCCAUCUGCUCACAUCGAAGCUGUAAGCAGAGGAGAACUGACCUAUCAAGCCAACCAACGUAUGUGCGUUCUUUGCCUUCCACUACACCGUUAACUCUCCACUUAUCAGUAACCAUCUGACACAUCGUGCCUGCCAAUGGUCUAAUAACGUAGAAUCAGAUGUCAUAAAUUGUCUCUUGUAUAAAAAAAGGCUUAUUCUAAUUUUUGCCAACGUAUCAUUCGCAAGACACGAACCUAUAAAUAGUACUAGUUUUGCUCAUUUUGCAUUCACGUACUGACUGAAUUAAGCUUAAAUUCUCGAAAAACGCUCUCACGGUGCUACAGGUUAAAAACGCCCCCAUUUCGCCUUCAAAGAAGACAACUUAAACAGCUAAUAUGCAAAUACUUCAUUUAAACACAAAAAUUAUUAAAAUUAUAAAUAUCCUAUACAUCAUCUCAAACAAUUUCCGCCAUUUUUCCAUCACAAACAUAAAACUUCUAAAUAACGUUACUCUGAGUUCAAAACUACUCUCUGAAAUAAAUGUUCCAAACACGAACCCGUGGAACACACCGCGAAGAUAAGGUAAAUAAGAAACCAAAACGAAACAGCAGCAUUUGCUGUCAUAAAAGGACAGCAACAAACAGCAGCCUCCGCCGAUGAACCACAGUCCGUCAACGAGACUUUUCUGGUUCGUUCUCAUAAGAACUUUGCGCUGAGUGCGCUGAUUGGCUAGUUUGUAUUGCCUACUGUAUUUCCCGGCUCUGUACUGAUCUUCAGACGAGUUGUCCUAUUCUUUUUAAAUUGGAUUAUCAUAGAUUCCCUUUUUCAAAAUUAAAGGAAAUUAAAUCACCCAGAAUUAACAUCCUUUUUCCUUUUCACCCUAUAGUGAUUAAAGACUGGAAUGCCAAUGACACGAACAGCCAUCUUGCUGGAGGGAUGAAGUACCAUGAUGGAAAACUGACUGUGCCUACCACUGGACGGUACUAUAUCUACCUGCAGAUCUACUAUCACAGCACUGGAAGGAUCCAAGUGAGAGUGAACGGCCGUGUGCGAACAAUGAUUCAGAUCCCUGUCCCAGAUAAAGGUGUCCACGGUACCGCGUACGCAGGAGGGAUUUUCAACCUGAUUGCUGGUGACGUCAUUACGAUUUAUUCAACCAGAAACAACUGCAAAAUUUACAUGUCGACCUUUCACACCUACUUUGGCGCGUAUUUGAUUGGAGAAAAGAUGACAAAUGCCCCAAACACCUCAUGAAUCAAAGGGAUAAACCAGAUUUAAUAACAAAUUCAACGUGUUUGAAAAGAGCCUUUCAUUCAAAAUCAUCCUUGGUCAUUAACAUUGAUUCAAAAACUUUUCUUAGCAAUGUGGUGAAGUUUACGCCGCUGUUAUUGAAACCUUAUCAGUCUAUAAGGUCUAUUAGGUUUGUUUACUUAACUAGAAUGCGCUGUUUUGUAGAAGACAUUUGUAAUGGAUAUCUUAAGGCUGAAAAUAAAUUAAAGAGUGGUGCUUAU